AUUCAACCGCAUUUAAACUAUUUGAACGAUAAAAGAUAAAUAUAUUUUUUAUCGUUUGUUUUAUACCAACUAGUGCAAUAUGGUGUCAUAACAUACAUAUAGUUCAAUAUCUAAUAGGACUAAUACGGCAGCAUUUCUAUAAAAAAAUUCACAAAUAAAUGUUGUUUUCACCAUUUCGGACAAUGUAAUUAUUACAAGUCUACUCUUCAGCUUAAACUAUCCUCUAAAUCUUAGAUAAGUUACAUUUAAUGUCAUAAUUAAUUAUUCUCUUGAAAAAUUGGAAGGAACAGUAUUGUUGACUGGCUAUCCGUGUGCAAUGGGUGAUUUCACCGGUUCACCUCCCAUUGAUGCCAAAUUAACAGGUGCUGCCCACCCACCUGUACUCCUUGCGGGUGCCAUAGGAGGCAAUGACAAUAAUGACGACGAUGGCCCAGUGUGGGUUGUUGUUCGGGUGGGAGACUGCAUAGUGGCUGCGUCUGCUCUCCUCUUUCUCAUACCCGCUCUAGUAGCUUACAAGAGAAAACUUCUUCUGGAGUGUUGGGCACUUAUCUGUUUUGUCGUAGUCCAUUUGAUGAGUGAUGCGUGUGAGCUAAGUCUGGACUGGUGUCUGGUGGAGACUGACUCCUGUGCCGCCUGGGCCAGGGCACUGGGUUAUCUACUGGUACUGGAUGCCACCUAUCUCUACUGUGGCAUAUCCAUCUACCAUAGGGCACCACUAGUACUCGCAGAGGUUACUCUUCUGAUUCUGGCCUAUCAAGCUCUGGUGUUGCAGAGAAGCAUCGGGUCAGAGGUAAUUUUGGACGCCCUAGUGUUCGUCAUCGCCAAAGCAACCGCCUUCGAGAAAUGGUUGAGCAAGAAACUGUUCCGUAAAUUUGAAGGCGACAUAGCUGAGACCGAUGAAGACGAAGACAGCAAACCAUCCCGGCCCCCAAAUAGGGGAAAGGGACACAAAAACACGGGAAACGAGGAGGAGAAAAGCGAUGCCUCAGCGAAGGAAGACGGGUCUGGAUCGAAAGAUAACGACGAUGGCUGGGGUAUGGGUUGGUUCACGGCCGACACUAGCACUUUAGCGCUCCUUUUCACUAUGAGUGGGGCACUCUACCUAUUAAUGCUUCUUUUCCCCCCUCAAGACAAAGACCCGGGGGGCACUGAGAAGCAAAGUGACGGGGCAUUGUUAGUUCACGCUAUGCUGCAUACUGCGUGGCAUUUUUUGGUCAGCGGCACUGCUUCUUUGAUGUUGACCACCCUUCACGAGAUACCAUACUCUCCUGCUCUGGACUGAAUCGACCACAAUUAGAACAGAAUAUUUUGGGUCUUUUUACGUAUUUCGCACCC